AUGUCAGGGGACGCCACCGAGCUUGUCGGGCGGGCCGGAGACGAAUCACGGACGACUCUCACGCCAGUCGAGCACCGCUCACGUUUAGACUCCUCCGUCGACGAAAAGACGCUGGCGGGCACAGAGUCGGUUGCGGACGAGAUCAAGGUGGUCAUUGAUGGAGCUGGGAUCGGCGAACGCGAGCUGGAGGCCUUGCCAAAGGACGCGACAGCUCGACGAGACGAUGCCUCCUCUCCUGGGCGACCUGAGCCACCAACCGGGAUCAAGCUCUUCUUCUUGCUCGUGGCAUUGAUGCUCGUCGAGGUCCUCGUUGGUCUCGACAACACCAUUGUCGCAACCGCGACGGGAAGUAUCGCCAACCACUUCAACGCACUAGGCGACGUCGGCUUCUACGGCGCGGCGUACCUCCUCACUUGCGUCGCCUUCCAGCCUCUUGCCGGGCGCGCGUUCGCUUUCUUCCCCCAGAAAUGGUGUUUCCUUGUCUUCCUCGUCAUCUUCGAGAUCGGCCUCAUCGUCGCAGGCGCCUCGACCUCGUCGGCGAUGCUCAUCAUCGGCCGUGCCAUCCAGGGCUUGGGCUACAGCGGGCUUUUCGUCGGGAUUCUGAUGAUCUGCGCCAACACGCUGCCGAUCAGGAUGCAGGCGAUCAUCACGAGUCUCAUGAACGUCUCUUACGGAACCGGUACGGUCAUAGGACCGCUCAUCGGUGGCGCGCUGACGAGCAAGGUCAGCUGGCGGUGGGUCUUCUACGUCGGAGCGCCGCCCGGAGCACUGGCAGCCAUCCUCGUCGUCUUGCUCUGCAAGCCGCCCCUCAUCCCGCAGACCUUGCCAGUCCCGCGCCGCAUCGCCCGGAUGGACUGGGGAGGAGCGCUCCUCCUCCUCGGCGCCAUGGUCUGCCUCCUUGUCGCUUUGCAAGAAGGCGGCCUCAAGUCCUCCUGGUCGUCCGGUCGGAUCAUCGGCCUCCUCGUCGGCUUCGCCGUCCUCCUCGUCGCCUUCUUCGCGCUGCAAGUCUACCUCGGCGAGAAGUCGUCCAUCUCGAUCCGCCUCCUCACCCGCAACCGCUCAAUGGCCGCAACUUCGCUCGUCAACUUUACAUGCGGCGCAUCAUACUACGCCCUCCUCUACUACAUCCCGAUCCGCUCACAAACAGUCGACGGCGCCUCACCCGUUCGCGCCGGCAUCGAGCUCCUCCCGCUCAUCUUCCUCAACAUGACGGCGGGAAUCGUCGCCGGUUGGACGGUCAGCAAGUGGGGGAUGGUGCAGCCUGCGAUGCUCGUCGGAACGGGCUUCACGGCGAUUGGUGCAGGCUUGCACGCGUCGAUGGAUCAGAAUACGACGGAGGGACAGUGGAUUGGGUACGGGAUCGUCGUGGGAACGGGAAUGGGCGCGCUGUACAUGAUGAGCUUCCUCGCCUCUCAAAUGCUCGUCGACGAGGAGGACAAAAGCAAGGCGUCGAGCCUCGUCUGCUUCUGGCAGAUCUUUGGCGGAACAGUCUGGGUCGGCGCAGCCAACGCGAUCUACGCCAACAAGUUCAAAGCCGGCCUCGAGCGCAUUCCCGGCCUCGACGUCCAGCAAGUGCUCGACUCGGGCGUCGACCGCUUCCGUGAAGUCGUCCCGCCCGAACUGCUCGACCCGGUCGUCCAAGUCUGCAUCGACGCCUUGUUUGACGUAUUCCUCUCGUGCGCCAUCCUCGGCGCAGUCGGCUUCGUCGCGGUCUUUGGUAUUCGGUGGGUGCGUAUCGAGGACGACAAGACGGAGAAGCGCGAGCAGGAGAAGGCGUAG